GACCGAGCGGAGGAGUAACUCGCGUUGUUGUGUUUCCUCGUUAAUUUAUUACGUUAUUUAUAACUUUUUCGUAGCUUUCGCUUCACUCUUUUUGUCGCCCUAUUGUGACGGAAGCGAUAUUUUUCUCGAUAGUCCUAUCCGAAAACGGAACGAUGAUAGGACAACGAGAAAUAAUACCAGGCUUCUUGUUAAUUCUUCUCUCCGUCGCCGUACUAAUUAACUUAGCCAACGCCGGUGGACACGGACACGGACAUAGUCACGUGAUAAUCCACGUGCCGUACCAGAUCAAGAAGAUCCAACACACGCACACGAUCACGAAACACAUACACCACGGCGGCGGCGGCGGCGGCGAUAGUUACGAAGUACUCGGAUACACUUAUGGUCAUCCCAUUUCCCUUGGAGGUCACGACGGAGGCGGCGACGGUGGUCAUGAUUUUGGAGGUGGCGGCGGUGGUCAUGAUUUCGGAGGUGGUGGCGGUGGAGGCCUAGAACUAAGCCAUGGUGGUGGUUUCGGAGGAGGCGGCGGCGACUGGGGAGGACAUUAGAAAUAUCCUCGAGUGAAUUAUUGAUAACUUUCGAGAAACGUUAAAAUAGCUUUAAAAUAGUCGACAUGAUAACCCUUUGAAACAUAUGAAAUAUUUUUCAUCCCUGUUGAUAAUGCUAGUUUUUGUACAUUAUUUCUAUCAGAAGACAAUGUCGCUUAUUUGGGAUAACAAUGACAUUAUUUAAAAAUUGUUUUUUAAUUGCUUACGAAAAA